UUAUAAUUGUCAGCGCAAUUGUCAUCCAUACCUAACACAAUAAUAGAGUAAAAAUACAUGUAGAAAAAAUACUAAUAAAUGAGGUUUGGAACUAAAAAGCACCCAGCUUUGACUGCAACCACUCUCUGGAAAUUCUUCAUUGUAAUUUUCUACUGAGAAAAAAGUUCAAAAGCCAGGCUUUUUAGACAAGAGUGGAGAUUGGUUACAAGGGUUGAUGUGUUUUUCUUUGUUUUGUGUCCUUAUUUUCUUCUGCGAAGUUUUUUCUCAUACUGAGAAAAAGGUUCAAAAUCCUACCUUUUCAGACAAGAGUGGAGAUUGGUCACAAGAGUUCAUGUGAUUUUCUCUUGUGAAGAAUUCUCUCAUAAUUUUUAACUGAGAAAAGGAUUCAACUUCAAAAAAAAAAAAAAGCCUUUUUAGAAGGGGGGUUAUAAAAAUGGGAGGAGCUGGAUGCAGUGUAGAUGGGAACUUGAAUGACCAGAAUUUCAGCACACCUAUGCCAUGGAUUGGAUUAUACAUAGCAGCAGCAUCAGCAGCAUGCCUUGUUGCCAUGGCUUUAGACAUAAUCAAUGGUUUGCGCUAUAAAAAACUCUGGUUCCCCUGCAGAUUCUUCUCCAUAAAUGCUACUUCACUCACCUUAAUAGCAGCAGCAGUGAAGCUUUCUGUGGAUCUAAACACUUCCAUGCCGAGCCGAGGUGACCAGCUUGCCAAGCUCAGUAGCACUGUCUUUGUCUGCACUAUAAUGGGUAACUCUAUGCCUUCACUUGGAACCAUGGGAAAUGAAGAAAUAUUCAUGAACAUCGUGGCUUUAGGAAUACUAGUAAUUACCCUUAUAGUCAAUAUUUGCAUACAGUUAGCUACUGGGGCAAUCUUUGUUUUUUGGAAAGAACAUGCUUGUGUUAUGUUUAUCAUGCUUGUUUUGCUACUGCUAUUGAGUUUUUCUGCUAUAACAGUUCCCACCACUAAGCAUUAUCUUGAAUAUAAGUAUAGUAAGAAGUAUGAAUUAGUACUUAAAGAAGAUUCAAGUGAGAACAACAUUUCAUUAGUUUGUAAACUGAGGGAGAAUUUGAGCAAGUAUUGGAUGAUGUCAUAUAGCUCUAGUCCACAAUUUGUGAUGGGAAGGUCAGUGACUUGCACUGCUUCAGGGGCAUUUUGUUUAUUGAGUGCUGCAAUUUUGGGAGAAGCCAUGGUUAGAUCUUUCUUUAUGCCUUGGAUGUUCAAGUUUUGUGAUGGUCAAUCUGAUUAUAAAUGGUCAACUACUCUAGUUCUUGUAACACAGACUAUUGCUGUUGGAGUUGGUACAAUUGGCCCGGCUUGCAGAUGGUUAUUCGCCAUUCGAUUCAGGUGUCCAUAUAGGGGAAAUAAAGGCACCAAAAGGGAAUUCAUAGUAGAAAAAUACUGGAUUCAGAGACUAGAAGAGAUGAAAGGAUGUCCCUUAACUUCUAAAAUAUUUAAGCUUCAAAACAGACAUAGCAGGAGAGUUGUUCAUGAUGCUAAAAACCGAAUCUUGGACUUGUGUAUAGCAAUGCAGAAGGGAAUUGUUUUGGUGAGUAAGUGGAUUCGAUUCGUUUCGAUUUUCUCUGCAAGUUACAUCUUAUUGUGCUGUGACUUAUGUAAAAGUGUGUCAAGAAGUGUUGAUUCAGAACAAGAUUCUCAAAGGGAAAGAAGAUUGAACCUAAGCCGCUUUGUUUUGCACCUAGAAGGCGAGGAAGCACUUGUUGAUCUUAUGAUCUCACACAAUUGUGAUGCUACUAAGUACUGGUUUAAGCUAGGGAGAAAACAACAACCUCAGUAUCUGAAAAAACUGUUGGAGAAAUCUUCACAAGGUUUUAAAGCAUUGGCUUAUUUCGACAGUGAAAAAGUUCCUAGCUUGGGAUAUGAAAGGCCUCCUAAUAGUUGGGCUAUGCCUGUGGUGACACUAACAAGUAUUGCCUUAGCACUUCCAAAUAUUGAUCCCAACUCAAUCAGAAACUUGAGAUGUGGAGUGAAUGAAGGCCUUAACUAUGUGACAAAUGUGGAGAAAUACUUAGACACAAAAGCUGAUAAGACCAACAUCAAGAAAGCUGCAGCAGCUACUUGGACAGAAGUUGAGCUCUACCACAAAUGGCUUGGAGUUGAUCUUAUAAAAAUGUCACUUAAUCAAGAGCUAACCCCAAAUGAAGUGCUUGAACAACUAUCCCAAAUUGCUAGGACCAAGUUUUCUGAGUAUGAGAAGCUAAAUGAGGCUCAUUCUUGCUUAAAGGACAAUCCAUUGAAAUGGCCUUCCAAGUUAUUAGCUGCAAAUUCAAUGUACAGAAUAACCAAAUCUCUUCAGCUAAGCUACCAAAGAAGUGACCAAACAUCAUCAGAGAGAUUAUUUGAAGCUAUCACAGUUAUGAUCUCUGAUAUACUUGGUGCUUGUAUGACUAACUUACAAGAAGUUAUAACAGUCAAGUGUUUGAGCACUGCCAUAGAAAAGAGAGAAGAUAGUGUAAGGCAAGCAGUUUUUGCUCUUGGAAAAGUUGAAGAGAUCUUAAAGAUUAUAGAACACAGACAAGUUCCAAACAUGGUGGAAACUCAUCAGAAGAGUUGCAUAGAUAAGUGGCGUUUAUCAUACUCUGAAAAGGGGUUAUGGGAAUCACAGAAUGACAACCUGAAAUCUGCUUCAAAUGAUGUCUACAUAACCAUGGAAUUGGAAGACUAGACCAAGACCAUUAAAAGGGUUGUUUUUUAGUAUGUACAUGUACAUAUAUAUAUAUAUAUGUUGAGUAAACUGCUAGCAAAAUAAAAGAGGAACGAUAUUACCGAAUGAAGAAUUCUGGGUUGAGUCGCGGACUAAGUCGCUCUCUUUAAGACGUUCGCGGCACUGCCCAGGAGUGUGCAAGCAGUCGGAAAUUGCCGGUCGUCCCCAGGAUAAAACAGCCCAGUCGUUGUACUGUAUCGGAACCCCACUGCACUGUAGAGCACCGUCGAAUACACCCAAAAAUUUGAUAUCGCAGAUGGAAUUUUAAUUUUAUGAAAAACUGUAUUUUUCUGAUACGAAAAAGAGAUGUUUUCUUCCCAUCAGUUCAAUCGCAUUAUAUAGGCGAAUGGAUUGAAUAAACAUAACGGGAAGAAUAACGUUUUCUGAAGUGGGGUGAGUUGGUCCUUUGAACGUGUCCCAUUAACUGAUACGACUAAGUAAUCAGUUUAAUUAAACACGUUUCUUAAUUAAA